AUGAAUCAGGAGGGAGUAAAAUGUGGAAAGGAGCAGACAAAUAAGGAGGAGAACCGUGGCAAUGAUGGAAAUGAAACUAGGCCAACUAGUAAUCAAGAAAAGCUGGAAAACUGGUUGCCCAUCACUGCAUCUAGAAAAGCAAAAUGGUGGUAUUCAACUUUCCACAAUGUCACAGCCAUGGUGGGUGCUGGCGUGCUAGGUUUGCCAUAUGCUAUAUCCCAGCUUGGAUGGAUUCCAGGAAUUGCAGCGAUUGUAGUGUCAUGGCUUGUGACAUUUUAUACGCUGUGGCUUCUUGUUGAAAUGCAUGAAUUGGUUCCUGGGAAGAGAUUUGAUCGAUAUUAUGAAUUGGGAGAGCAUGUUUUGGGGCCCAAAUUAGGAUUCUGGUUGGUGAUGCCACAGCAAUUGACGGUUCAGGUGGCUUCAACCAUUGUGUAUAGUGUCACUGGAGGGAAGUCACUGAAGAAGUUCUUUGAUAUUGCUGUUCCAGCUAUGAGUGACAUUAGGCAAACAUAUUAUAUUCUCUUCUUUGUGUGUUUGCAGAUAUUGCUUUCUCAAACCCCUAACUUCAAUAAAUUGAAAGCAGUUUCUUUGUUGGCUGCACUCAUGUCUGUCUGCUAUUCCAUGGUGGCAUUUGGCACUUCAAUUGCGAGGGGGCUUGAUCAUCAUCCUUCUCAUUAUGGAGUUCGAUCCCGUACAGCUCCUGGGGUGACUUUUGAUACUUUUAAUGCACUUGGAACCAUAGCAUUUGCCUUUGCUGGACACAGCGUUGUUUUGGAGAUUCAAGCUACAUUACCCUCAACUGAAGAAAGACCUUCCAAAAUGCCAAUGUGGCGAGGUGUACUAGCUGCAUACAACAUAGUCAUUGUUUGCUAUCUUUCAGUUGCAACAUCUGGCUUUUGGGCAUUUGGAAAUAGUGUAGAAGAUGAUGUUCUCAUCUCACUUGAACAACCAAGUUGGCUUAUUGCUGUUGCUAAUUUAAUGGUAUUCGUUCAUGUUCUAGGGAGCUAUCAGGUUUUUGCUAUGCCUGUUUUUGAUACAAUUGAAUCAAAUUUGGUGCAAAAGUUGAAUUUUACUCCCAGUAGGUUUCUUCGCCUCUGGAAUCGAAGCCUUUAUGUUUGUUUGACAGGACUUGUUGCUAUGUGCAUUCCAUUUUUUGGAGGAUUGUUAGGGUUCUUUGGAGGACUUGCUUACUCAUCAACAUCCUAUACUAUACCUUGCAUAUUAUGGCUUGCGGCAAAAAAGCCUAAACGAUGGAGUUUCCAUUGGAUUGCAUCAUGGUUUAGCAUCUUUAUUGGCCUUUUAAUAGCAAUGCUUGCACCUAUUGGAGGAAUACGAACAAUUAUUCUUUCUGCCAAGUCUUACAAGAUAUUUUCCUGA